CGAUUAGUUCAACAGGUCGAUGAAGACGAACAGUUCGAUUCUAGCACAGAGUCAUCACGCUCCAUCGAAGACGCCGAUGAACGCUCUUGACAAAACCACGACGUCGACCACUUUUUAUCCCGGUGCAAAUACAUACUAUAUCCCCUCAGAUUUGGUAUGCUUGUCUUUGGACAUGGUUGCCUUUUACGUACAUUCAGAAUUGCUACUGGCGACCUCCGAUAAUCAUUUUCACUCCCUCGUGGUCGGGAAAGACAUCAUCCUACACGCCGUUUAUGGGCUAUCGGCUACGCGUUAUGCCCCGACAUUCGAUGAACUCUUGUGCUGUUGAUCGGCUCGAGGUUUACGGUGUUCACCCUAGUACUGAAAUCACGACAGCGUCUGCUUUGCAUUCGACAAUCCUUCUUCACGCUCAUGUCGAUACAAUGAAGGUUUGUCUUCUAGCCGCAAAACACGAUAUCUUUGACUUGGCUGUGUCCAGCUCGUCGCAUCUCCUUUCUUUUUCACUCAAUAAAAUUACGGACGAUAUUGCAACCAGAAUGGGCCCGAUAUACAUGACACGACUUUUUUCUCUUCAUCGCGGCCGCCUGGUUUCGUUGAAACGACUCUUGUCAUCGUCGCCGCACCUACACCCUCCUUCUCCCAAGUGCAGUCUGAAAAUGCAAAACUCGGUGACCAAAGCUUGGAGACUGGCAUCGGCCUAUCUACUUUGGCAAGAUCGUCCUGAUCUGUCUUCAAGUUAUAUCGACUCCGUAUUUCGUAGUUUACCGGAGCGUGUUUCUUGCGAGCUAUGCAAGUGGGCGUUUCAGUGCCAUAUCCAAGUAAUGACAGCUGGUUGGCAAAACGUUAAGUCUACCAUCUGAUUAUACUACUUUUGGGAUGUAUUCGAUUUUGAUUCAAUGGGUUUUUUGGGUUCAAUGCAGAAGAAAAUUAGCUCAUUUAGCCUUCCCACUUCCCGGCGAAGAUUCCGAAAAGGUUAACUUGACACUAUCUGUGGGCGUUACUACAUGAAUGGACCUCGAGAACCUCAUUAUGAACUAUCAACGUCCUGUGGUUUUCAUGGCCC